GAACUGAGGCGCUCAGCUGCCAACACUCACACACUGCCUGCCGCCGCCGCCGCGCUGUUCCCGGGCUCCGGGCAAGAGGGGAUAGGAAGGCAGAGGAGCAUAGGCGGGGGAAGUCAGAGCGGAGGGAAACGGGAGAAGGAACCUCCUCCCCGUGGCCAAAGGACUUCCAUGUAGCGGGAGACAGCGGGAGAAGGCUGGCGCUCCGGAACUGUGCGAGAAGCUCUCCGAGCAAGUUACUUAAUCCCUGAAGAGCAGCGGGAGGAGGGGACGGCACCGAGCUCUGUUGCCGAUCGUAGUCACUAUUCCCAGCCCCUCGUCACUCGACCGCGGGCAGUUCAAUGCACUAUUCCAGGCUCUUUCUAGUUUCCUCCUCGGGCUAACUUCGGAGGACGCGCCGCCGCUGUCGCCCGGAGGUAAGGCGGAGAGCCUCGGAAGAAGGAAGGAGAAGUUUUGCGGGGGCUGCGCGCGGAGGAGCAGAAGAUGGGCUGGAAACGCCGCUGCUUCUGGGGAGGCGGAGGCGGCGGGGACCUUCUCUGCCGGCUAACCCUGGUGUUGGGGUUCCUGCUGCCCGCCUGCAGGACGCGCCUCUACACCAACCACUGGGCUGUGCGGAUAGCUGGGGGGCUGCCGGAGGCCAACCGGAUAGCUAGCAAAUACGGAUACGUCAAUAUAGGACAGAUUGGAACACUGAAGGAUUACUACCACUUUUACCAUAGUAAAACAAUUAAAAGGUCAGUUCUCUCAAGUAGAGGUACCCACAGCUUCAUUUCAAUGGAACCAAAGGUGGAGUGGAUACAACAGCAGGUGGUUAAAAGAAGGAUAAAGAGGGAUUAUAAACCUGGAGGUACCCAAUCCACUUAUUUCAAUGAUCCCAAGUGGCCAAGCAUGUGGUACAUGCACUGCAGUGAUAACACUCACCAUUGCCAAUCAGAUAUGAAUAUCGUAGGUGCUUGGAAGAGAGGUUACACUGGAAAGAAUGUUGUGGUGACCAUCUUGGAUGACGGCAUUGAAAGAAACCAUCCAGACUUGAUGCAAAAUUAUGAUUCGCAGGCCAGUUUUGAUGUCAAUGGAAAUGAUUUUGACCCUAUGCCUCGAUACGAUGCCAGCAACGAGAACAAGCAUGGAACCCGUUGUGCUGGAGAAGUGGCAGCCACUGCAAACAACUCACACUGCACAGUGGGAAUCGCCUUUAAUGCCAAGAUUGGAGGUGUCAGGAUGCUGGAUGGAGAUGUCACAGACAUGGUAGAAGCAAAGUCUCUGAGCCUUAAUCCCCAGCACAUCCACAUCUACAGUGCUAGCUGGGGGCCUGAUGACGACGGCAAAACUGUAGACGGACCUGCUUCACUAGCACGUCAGGCCUUUGAGAAUGGAAUUCGAAUGGGACGAAGAGGAUUAGGGUCAGUUUUUGUUUGGGCAUCUGGAAAUGGUGGAAGGAGUCGAGACCACUGCUCCUGUGAUGGCUACACCAAUAGCAUCUACACUAUCUCCAUAAGCAGCACAGCUGAAAGCGGGAAGAAGCCAUGGUACCUGGAAGAAUGUGCCUCCACACUAGCCACAACAUACAGCAGUGGAGAAUCCUACGACAGGAAAAUAAUCACCACAGACCUGAGGCAGCGUUGCACAGACAGCCAUACUGGAACGUCAGCCUCUGCACCAAUGGCUGCAGGCAUCAUUGCACUGGCAUUGGAAGCAAAUCCAUUUCUGACAUGGAGAGACAUACAACACAUUAUUGUCAGGACUUCUCGUGCUGGACAUCUGAAUGCUAAUGACUGGAAAACCAAUGCAGCUGGUUAUAAGGUGAGCCACCUCUAUGGAUUUGGACUGAUGGAUGCUGAAGCAAUGGUGAUAGAGGCAGAAAAGUGGACAACAGUCCCUCCACAGCAUGUGUGUGUAGAGAACACGGAUCGGCAAAUCAAAACAAUAAGACCUGACAGUGUCGUCCGUUCAAUUUACAAAGCCACAGGCUGUUCUGAUAAUCCUAAUCACCACGUGAUCUACUUGGAGCACGUUGUUGUGCGCAUCACUAUUACUCACCCUCGACGUGGAGACCUGGCGAUUUACCUAACCUCCCCUUCUGGAACCAGAUCACAGCUCUUGGCCAACAGGCUAUUUGAUCAUUCCAUGGAAGGAUUCAAAAACUGGGAGUUUAUGACUACUCACUGCUGGAGUGAAAAAGCAGCAGGUGAUUGGAUCUUGGAAAUCUGUGACACGCCAUCUCAGCUGAGAAAUUUCAAGACUCCAGGCAAAUUGAAAGAGUGGUCCUUAGUACUAUAUGGAACAUCCAUCCAGCCAUAUUCACCAAGAAAUGAUUUUCCAAAAGUGGAAAGAGUACGCUCCAGUCCAGUUGAAGAUCCUACAGAAGAUUAUGGAACAGAAGAUUAUUCAGGUCCAUGCAAUGCAGAAUGCAGUAAAGUAGGGUGUGAUGGGCCAGGACCAGAUCAUUGUACUGACUGUCUUCACUACUACUACAAAUCCAAGAACAACACACGGAUCUGUGUUUCGACCUGCCCACCUGGUCACUACAAUGCAGACAAGAAACGCUGUAAAAAAUGCUCACCCAAUUGUGAAACCUGUGUUGGAGGCCAUAGUGACCAGUGCAUGACCUGUAAAUCUGGCUACUACCUGAAUGAAGUAACCAAUAGCUGUAUUACCACCUGCCCCGAUGGGUUUUACCUGGAUAAGAAUAAGAUUGUUUGCCGAAAAUGCAGUGAAAACUGUAAGACAUGCAUUGAAUUCCAAAUCUGCACAGAAUGCAAACAUGGGCUAAGUUUGCAUGGCACAAAAUGUGCUAUCCGCUGUGAAGAUGGAAAAUACCAUAAUGGCAGGGAAUGUGAACCAUGUCACCGUUCAUGUGCAACGUGUGCAGGUGGUGGAGUAGAUGCAUGUAUAAACUGCACACAGGGCUAUUUUAUGGAGGAUGGAAGGUGUGUGCAAUCCUGCAGUACUGGUUACUACCUUGAUCACUCUACUGAAAGUGGAUACAAAAGCUGCAAAAGAUGUGAUGCCAGCUGUUUGGAUUGCAGUGGUCAAGGAGACAGAAACUGUACCAUCUGCCCAAGUGGUUAUAACCUAGACUCUGGUGUCUGCGUAGUGGGAACAGUCUGCAAGGAUGCCACGGAAGAGUCCUGGGCCGAGGGAGGAUUCUGUAUGCUGGUGAAAAAGAACAAUCUCUGCCAGCGGAAAGUGCUCCAGCAACUGUGUUGCAGAACAUGUACGCACAAGGGGUGAACUCACACCUCCCAGAGUCCUCCUGCUCCUGUAGACUUAUAGAUUAACACGUAUUAUUGAAAAGGAAAAAAAAAAAAGCCACCUCUCUCUCUCUCCCCCCUGUUUGUCUGGGGAGAUGGUGAACUGUUUGUUGGAACUUAGAUGGAAAACCUACAACACGCCUACCUUUCAUAACUGGGUGUUUAGAGCUGAGCAUCCAGAAUCACAGAGUCAGUAUUGUGUGACCAAAGCAUUUGAUGCCAAAAUUAACGUUUAAUUCAUGAUUUGAUUUCCUGUCAACUUUAGGAUUAUUUCUGUUUUUUGAAGGUCUUUAUCUUUCCCUUUUUUUCCUGUUUGUUUCCCCCUCAGGAUAUUCAAAGAGUGUUUCAAGAAUACACACACGUUUACAUGGAUUAAAACUAAACAAUACAAAAAAGUUUGCAUUAGUCUUUUUUGUGAAUUGAUGGGGAACUUCAGGAAAUGAGUCCCUAAGGGAAUCAGAAACAUUGUCAUCUGCAGGACCAAGUUCUGUCCUUUUUGUACCAGUAUUUAAAAAAGAAAAAUGAUCAUUUCUGCACACAAUUCUUUCCUACUUCCUCUGCUGUGUGCUGUUUUUUUGUAUCACAUGCAGUGUGUAUAUAUGUUUUGCCCAAAGUGUUUUUUUUUUUGUCAUAUAGAUCUCAUUUUUAGACAGCUAGCUUAUUAACAGAUACGCUAGGAUUUUUAUUUUAUUUUUUUAAAUUGUAAAAGCUAUUUCAAAUAAACUGAAAAAAAUUAAAAAAAAAAAAACACAAAAACAUUGUUCCUGUUGUGAACAAGUUUAGAAGAUACUACUCUUGGUUUGCAUAAGCAAGAGUAAUGUAUACGUGGAAAUUGAAAAGUUGCUAACAUGUAAGGAGUAUUCAUAAAUUAUUGUUGUCUUGUAACGUUCACCAAAAAGGGGAUAUUAUCAUGCAAGUAUGUGGGGAUAUUUUAUAGUGCCCAUACAGAAAUGCCAGUGUGACUGUAUGUGACAGAAUGUGUUUACAGGACUGGAUUUAUAAUUGAGCUUGUAACACUGUGCCAAAUACAUCUCCAGGAGUAUUAACAUAUAGGGCAAUAAAUCAACUGUUUUCUUGAUAUAACAAUCUUGUCUUGAUGGGCCUGAAUCUGCUUUUAACUGCUCCUAAUACAAGUUUCAGCAGGAACAAUGCUGUUGAGGCCUAUGAAGUUACCUCACUGCAAAACCACCCUGGAGUGGUGAGAGAGGCAGGUCUCUGUCUUGUCUCUAUACCCAGGUACACAGUUGUUUGAUAUAUAUUCAUCAGUUUCACCUAGCAUGCUGUUUGGAAACCAUUAAUUUUAGCAGAAAACAGUAAACUGAACUACAAAGAAGUUUUGUGGGAAAAAUUCUUAAAACGUGCAAAGUCACUCUGUUAUUGCUCUAGGACACACAAGCAGAAAAUGUAUUGCAGGUGUUUAAGCAUGUAAAUGUUAGAAAACAAAGAGAACCUCCUUUUUAAAUACAAAAAUUAUCGUUGAAAUUUUGCAAAUGAAUUAAUAAUAUGACCUAUGCCCACUUUGCUAGAGAGCAGAUAGAUAUUACAACCCAUGUCUGGUUCUGUAGACGAGGCCUGUGAAGCUCCUCUGGUGCCCAUUACAGAUUUCUUGCUAAACAUGAAAAGUUAUGAGAAUUUAAUUUGUGCUAGUUUAACUACUAGUCUGUUUCUGCCUCAUUUCUCAAUAUAACAAUUUUAACUAGAACAUAAUGCUUUCAAAGUUUAAGUUAAUAUUAUAUAUAUAUUAUAUAAAUAUAUAUUCAUAAUUGAGAUUUAAUUAUGUAAUAGAUUGUAAAGAGUUUGUUUGGGUACUUACAAAUGCCUCUAACACUAUUAUAGAGAAAAACUUAAUAUCUUUGUUUUCUUUAAAAAAAAAAAAAACAAAAACAAAAAAAAAAAACCUGACACGUUGUUAAUCCAAAUUCAUUUUUAGUGAAAAAAUACUGUACAUGUGUAAAAUGUUCAGUUGUUAUUUGUAAAAUAGGGUAGUUAUGUUGUAAUUGAUACUGGCCAAAAUCAAUGUUAUUCCAUAUUUUAUUUUUUCUAUUAAAUUAACCUAACUUCUUGUUCCUUUGGUCUGGAAAAACAUGUUGAUAAUCUAUAUGUAAAAUAUCUCUGUUGAAGGGCACAGGUAGCUUUAUGAUAUAGAUUCUAUAUGCAAGUCAUUGAAACAAACUGGAAGGGUAGAGAUGUUUAACUUUGUGUGUGUGUGUGUAUGUGUGUGUGGAUUUAAGUGAUGGAAUUGACAAUGAAAUUGAUGUAAUCAGAAAUGGUUUCUGUGGAGGACACCUUUUGUGUACUAGCAGUACAGCUAUGUCUGCACCCUGUUGAGCAAUGGUGCUGGCUUUCUUCCACCCAGGAGAGCUUUUCUCUUGCAAGCUUAACGAAAAAGUUGCAUGCAUAAAUACAUUUUUACUUAGACAGUUGAAGAAGGGGUUGGUGGUUUUUCAGUCGUUCCUGGACAUUUGCACAGUGCAGUACUGUUCACGUGCUGGUGCUCAUAUUCAGUACACCUCAGGUCACAAUCCUGGACAGCCACUUAAAAACAGCAGGCUGUUUCUCAUUCCCAUUAAAUGGAGAAGACCACAUAUACACUCAGCUGUGGUGAUUGCAGGAUCAGAGCUUCCACUGGCAUUAGUUGAUGCUUUCAUUCAUUUCCCACUUAGUCCCCAGCCUGAACGGAGGCCAAAGUGGCAACUCAUUCACACAGCUUGUAUAUUCAGAUGAAGCUUAAAGCUUGUUCACUGAAGCUGUGUAAAGAAGUUCCUGGAAGAAAAAAAACGCUUUUCAGUCGUCGGCUUUCAGCCUCAAAUGUUUCAUUGUCACCAACUGUGUUUCAAAAUGAGGAGUUAGGUCAUCAGUCCCCAGUUUUCCUGUCAGUUCUUCAAGUAAGUGUAUAGGACAGCACAUGCUCAGCAAUAGUUUCAUUAAGCCACACCAUGGAAAAAGGUUAGCCUAAUCCUUACACCUAUACUCUACAAAGAACUGCUUCUUUCAGGUCCCACCCCACCAUCAUUUUUUAACUGGCUUGAGAAAUUCUGUCAAUUAUACUGAUUUCUAUGGUUUCAUCUAUGGUUUCCUUGGGUGAAGGAUAAUAAUUUCAUUACAGCUCUGGCUCUAGUUUGCCCUAGAGGGUGCAUCUGUAAAUGUUGGGCUGUAAAGUCUCAUGGAGAAGCAAGCUUACAAUGGAGUUUUUGAUUGAAAACCAAGACUUCCUGCUGUCUGCUGUCCAAUUCUCUGAAGAUUGUUGCUUGCUGAUGCCUUGACAGUGGUGGCCCGAUAAUAAGCAGAAUUAGCAGACAGCACUGUAUUUAGUCCUUCUAUUAGCAGAGGGAUUGCAAUUGAAGGAUGCUAGUUUGUUUCCCAGUGCAGAAUGGUUGUGAUCCCCCCUUUCUGAUAAAGUGUCAAAGCUGUUUGAAGUAUUCAGUAUUUUAUACCUUGUUGUCAGCAUGCAAAACAGAUACGGAGCACUUUAGAAAGACCAGAAGCUACUGAACUUGCAGAAAAUGAUUUCUUUUCUUCCUGUAUGGAAGGACUCUGGUUGAUGUCAGUCCAAAUCUGUUCAUCAGUUACUGCCUUGCUUGUAAGUAAAAAAAAAAAAAAAAAAAGAAAAUUUUACAGACACUCUCUUAGUUAAGGCAUAUCACUUCCAUGGUAAGCUAUCCUUCUUCAUAUCUGUUUAGGAGAAGCUUUACGCAGUCAUUGAGUUAAAUGCAAACUGAACAGCCAGCUAGACUACAUGCCUGCUAUAAGUCUUCAGAAUGUGACAGUGCGGACCAUAGAAAAUUUCCUACUUCAACUAACAUUAUUUGUAACCAGAAAGAAGGUUAGUGUGCCCAGACAAUGAUACCAUCUGCAGAAGCCUGUUGUGUGAAUGCACAGUUUUGUAAGUGGAGGAUGCAUUUCUGUAAUCAGGCCUUACUGCUUUUCUACCUACCUGCUGCUAUCCACCUCAACCAUAUCCCUAGGUGGCAUAUGGCUGAGAUCAGCAAACUAGAGACACACCAAAUUCUGUCAGUGGAAACCAGUGGAAGCCACACACUCCUGCCCAGUAGCUCUUGUUGCUCUUGGCUUACUCUCUGCCUACCUGCACACACUGGUACAUCCUGUCUUUUUCUGGGAAGCUUUGCAGCUACAUCCAUGCAGCAAACACAGUAUUGUACUAAAAUCUUCCCUAUGAGACCUGAAAAAUUAUCACUGUUCCUAUUUGGACUGGAAGUUUCCAAUGUCCUGAAAAAUUCUGAGCAACAUCUCGUAUUGAAUAUGUAGUACAAUAUCAAGGCUGCUGUUUGUUCCACCUUGAGACAUUUUAAGAGUUAUUACACUAUGAUCCUUUGAGUAAAUCUGUAUGAAGAGAUACUAUAGCUGUAAUGACUAAAUAGAUCUUGCAGCCAGUGAUGAACAAGUUAAUCCUUUUAGCAGCCACACCACAAACAACCUGACUAUUACCUGUAUCAGUGUCCACUUUAGGUAACUAUGUGCUACUUUUAAAGACUUCUUUUUAAUGGAUUGGAUGACUGUAACAAGACCUGUUAUAAAUUCAAGAUUCCUGUAAAGACAUUUAAGUGACAGCUUGUAUAACUCAGUGUUUUCAAUCUGUAGUGCAAUUCACAGAACAGUAAAUUGUCUUUGAUCCAUUGCCAUGCCUUAUAUUUAUAUUGCAUAUGCCAUUGUCAUGUCAUUGGUAAAGAACAAAUCAAGAAAAGUUCUGUUAUUAAAUGUUUGUGCAAAAUAUUUUAAGCGAGUAUUAAAAAAGUUUUCCAACAUACAAAUAAAUGUCCUAGUCAAAUUUGCAUCAGAAAGAAACACCCCAGCAAGAACUUGCAUGAAAUUUUUCAGAAUCUGCGGUUUCAAUAUUUAAAAACAGAAGGUUGAGAAAGAAUUUUGAUGAGCAAGUUGUUUAAGAGAGGGAAAGUUAUUCACUUGGCAGAGUUUUUUAUUGUCUUAAAUCGUUAUGGGAGAUUCCAGCUUUGAUUAAACUGAUUAUCUGAUCAUGCAUUACAAUCAGUCAUGAUAUUUCCAGGAAGCAACAAAUGCAGCCUGUCAGUGCCACACCAAAGGCUGCUUUUUGUUACAUCUUAUUUUCUGAGUCACUUGCAUAUUUGUUGCCAAAGAUGGGCAAGGCACAGCUUAGAAGAAUGCCCGUUAUAUAGUGCUUUAUUUAUCUCUGUUUCUCAGUGUCUAGGGAUGGAUUUGUUGAAGGUCCUCUGAGACAGCAAUAUGACUUUCCAAAGCACAAAUGCCAUCUGAUCACAAAGCACUGUAGACAUCUUUAUGCCCCAUCCCUGGAGGCAUUCAAGGCCAGGCUGGAUGUGGCUCU